GCACCCGAUCCGGAUAUGCACAAGAUCCGACCCGAAUCCACCUCGUCAGGUUACCGAUUCUCCCACCACUCCGGCAAGAAGGUCCAGAAUGGAGUCCACGGAGAGGGCCGGCGUUUAAUCUCUCUUCUCUCUGAUAACAACGGCGGGGCGCUGGAGAGGGAGGAGAGGGUGUCCAUGGAGCUGACGGACGAGGUGCUCAAGAGCAUGGAAGUCGGCAUGGCCUUCCGAGAUUACAACGGCAGAAUCAGUUCCAUGGAUUUUCACAGGACUACAAAUCAUCUGGUAACAGCCAGUGAUGAUGAAUCAAUUCGCCUUUAUGAUGUUCAAAAUGCUGUGUGUUUAAAGACCAUCAACAGCAAGAAGUAUGGUGUUGAUUUGGUUUGCUUCACUGAUAAUCCAGCAACAGUUAUAUACUCUUCAAAAAAUGGUUGGGAUGAAUCUCUGCGGCUGCUUUCUCUGAAUGAUAACAAGUACUUGCGGUACUUCAAAGGGCACCAUGACAGGGUUGUCUCUCUGUCACUCUGUCCUCAUAGGGAAUACUUCAUCUCUGGGUCUCUUGAUCGGACUGUUUUACUAUGGGAUCAAAGGACUGAAAAGGCUCAGGGCCUUUUACGUGUGCAAGGAAGACCUGCAGUUUCUUAUGAUGACCAAGGAAUGGUUUUUGCAAUUGCAUUUGGAGGCUACAUACGAAUGUUUGAUGCUCGGAAGUAUGAGAAGGGCCCUUUUGAUAUCUUUCCUGUUGGAGGAGACAAUUUAGAAGCCAAUGUGGUAAAGUUCAGCAAUGAUGGCAGGCUUAUGCUAUUGACUACUACUGACGGGCAUGUUCAUGUUCUUGAUUCUUUUCGGGGCACUGUUAUAUCCACAUACAAUGUGAAACCAGUUUCAAGCAAGGCAACAUUAGAGGCAUCCUUCAGUCCAGAUGGAAUGUAUGUUGUAUCAGGUUCUGGUGAUGGGAGUGUUUAUGCUUGGAGUGUCAGAAGCGGCAAAGUUGCAUGCUGGGCAAGCACUGAUACUGAACCACCUCUGAUAAAGUGGGCUCCAGGAAGUCUCAUGUUCACUACUGGAUCAUCUGAGUUGUCAUUUUGGGUCCCAGAUUUAUCAAAGUUGGGAUCCUUUGCUGGCAUUAAGUAGAAGUUUUAAUGAUGCUCCUGGUUUACUCAUAACACCUCACAAAGGCUUAUUUGCAAUAGCUAGCAUAUUUCUGCUUUAUUCCCCAUUAAACUUCAUGUCUAUUCUUUCCAUUUGCUCCAAGCAGAUUGAACUCGAUGGUGUCAAUGUGAUAGGACUGCAGGGACCAAGAAACUAGCCUCCAUUCUGAUCAAGGAAGGCCUCCACCAUUGAUAGUUUAGAUAAAUUUUGGAUCUUUUUUUGCCCUUUCCUCGCGGUCUUGGAGGAAAUAAGCAGAGCACUAUCUAUUGGCAUACCAUGAGGGGUUCGACAAAUUUAGUGUUGUAGCAUACAUCAAGUUUAGAGUUCAGUCUCCUAUGAUUAUUUAAAAUGCGAUGAUAUAUUAAAUAUCUUAGGCUGCUCUUUUAUUUCCCAUGUAAUUGACUAUCAAAGAUGUGGUUAUCCUGGGGCUUAUCUUUGUACAGUGCAUCUAAUUAUAUUACUUAAGCUGUUCUUACGGUGGUUCCGAUUCUUGUUUC